AAAUGUAAACCAAUCGUUAGCGAGUGAAUACUUGCGUUUACAGCGUUCGGUGACGGAAGUGAUUGUAAUGAUAAUGAAGCCUUAGUAAUAUUUAGUGUUUUUAAUAAUACGAAAGAUUGUUGGCCGAUAAGAAACAUAAAACGCAGGUAUUUAAGGUAUAAUUCGUCUAAAUAUGCUCUAAGAACACAAGCAUGGAUGACAGUAAACAAAGCCCCGCAAAAAUCGUUACUGCUAACAAUUUUUCCGGUGACCACGAUGAGCCUUAUCCAAGUCUAUCCGAUUACCACGAUUACGAGCCCAAUCUCGAAUUCGACGACUCCGAAUUGCAACAGUCUCCCAACGCCUUAGCGCAUACAGUAGGGAUGCUCCAGGUCGAAUCGAACAACAUGAAUUCCCCGAUAUCCGAUUUUACGGACGACAAUUUCGAAGAGGAAUUGGCCGAAGCUUGCGAAGAAAAUCUGGAUAGCUUGAUGUAUUGUUCGACGUCCUAUCCGGAGGUGGGAGAUGCGCCUCCGGAUAAGUUCCAGGAGAUAUCCAGACACGGUAUCGUCGAUGUGAAAGGCGACGAUUCGGACGGAAGGAAGAUCAUCGUCGUGUACGCUUGUAAAUUACCUCAAAUUAAAGAAAUAGAUCAUACGUUAUUAUUAAAUUACCUAAAAUAUACGUUAGAAAGUUACGUGAAACAGGACUACAGUCUAAUAUAUUUCCAUUACGGUUUAACCAGUAAGAAUAAACCAUCGUUAGGUUGGUUAGUGCAAGCUUACAAAGCUUUCGAUAGAAACUACAAGAAGAAUUUAAAAGCGCUUUAUCUAGUCCAUCCGACGAGCUUCUUGAAGAUCAUCUCGCAACUGUUCAAACCUCUCAUCAGUGCCAAGUUCGGGAAGAAAUUGAACUACAUUCACAGGCUCAAGGAGUUGAAUCAGUUCGUUCCCGUGGAGAAGUUGGACGUACCGAGCGAAAUCGUCGAGUACGAUAAGAAAUUGGGCGGUGAAUUGCCGUUUCACGCGAACCCGGAGGUCCAGUUCGAACCGAUAUCACCGACGCAACAAUUCGGCGUCCCGCUCCAAUACAUUAGAGACCAGUAUAAUGUAAUUAUCCCGCCUGUAGUAAAACAGUGCGUAGAGUACCUGGACCAACCCGAUUCAUUGGAGAUCGAAGGGAUAUUCAGAAGGUCCGCGAACGCUACUAGAGUUCGAAUAUUGAAGGAUAUCGCGAAUAGCGGGCAGAAAUUGACGUUCGAAGAUCCCCACGAGGCGGCGGUGCUGUUGAAGAAGUUUCUGAGGGAGUUGAAAGAGCCUCUGUUGACGUUCGAUUUGUACGAUGAGAUCGUGCAAUUUCAAAGUUGGAACAGCAACGAAAGACUAAGGUUGGUGUCGAUUCUCGUCAUGGAGAAGCUUCCGGAAGAUAACUAUAAAGUUUUGAAAUACAUCGUUAGGUUCCUGUCGAGGGUAAUGGAGAGGUCCGAUUUGAAUAAAAUGAAUGCACAAAAUUUAGCAGUAGUAUUCGGUCCGAAUUUGGUUUGGUCGGAAGUCGUAUCUAUGUCUUUAGCCGCUAUAGGACCCAUUAAUACGUUCACGCAAUUCCUGCUAGUGCAUCAGAACGAAAUAUUCAUGAUUUAGAUUCUGCAGAUAUACUGUGAUUUUGUUGCAUUUCUUUCUUAUACAUAUUUAUGAACAAAUUUUAAUAUACAAUUUAUAUAUCCCCUUAUUAACGGAACCUAUUUAUUAUUUUUGAUAGUAUCGAUAUUGUGAUUAAAACGCUCCA